CAAGCGACGUGAUGGAUGGUGAGGAUCAGGAGGCCGAGAGCAAGAAAGGGGGGAGCUAGGAGGGCGAGCCGGGCUUGGAAGGGGAGGGAGAAUUGUUCGAGAAUGGAGAGCUUGUCAUCGCCGCCGUCGAACGACAAGGAAAAUCCGGCACGACUAUCCGACGCUCCCAUACGCUCUUCAUCCACCGUGUGGCCACUUCAGUCUCGCCUUGUCGACAGCACUCUGCCUCGAGGCAGCGCCCUCCUCACCUACGUGACAGAUGACACCCCGCACUGGACCAGAAUCGCAUGUGCGUACAUAGACUACAUCACUCAAGCGCAGAAGGGAUUCGGGCGGAAAACCGCUCCCUUGGCAGAAGGAGCUGGUGGUGCGGCCGGCAGUUGCCGAGGAGGACGCGUGGAGGACAAUGGGCAUCUGGCGAGCCAUGCAGGGAGGUCUGGGUGACGCCACGAAGGCUGAGCUGAACAUCCUCGAGCAGCUGGACGGCGAUGACCAAACUCUGCGCAGGGAGAGUUGGUGGGAGGAUAUGAGGGGACUAGCGGCCAACGCCUAUCUCGACAAGCCGAUGUGGACGAGGGGAGCAGACUUCGAAGAGGGCUUGGCUAAGGUCAAGACUGCCGACGCGAGGAUCGGCUGCGUCUACUUGAUCGUCGGCUUCAAGGACGGCCGCCUCGCCCUCACCUACGUCGGUCGCACCGGGGACAAGUUCGCACGCAUCGGAUCGUACCCCUGCGCGAUGUCUUUGGUAGCACAGGGCAUCAAGAAGAAGCCGGCUCUGGUGUACGAGGAGCUCGCCCAGUGCGACCGCUGCCUCAUUUUCCCACUUCUGAAGCACACCGAGGACUCCACCAGCGAGGGGAAGAGGACGACACGGGCAGUCGUGGAGGGCAAGUGGUGCAGUCAAGGGAGGGUCGGCGAACGAUGGAGAAAUCGGCGAGGCUACAUGGUACAACAACACGUACCCACUGCCCCAACGCGCCGACAAAUUUUUCACCGCCGCCGUCAAUGCCCUCGCGAGCGCACCUGCCCGACACGCUGCGAGGGAGCUGAAGCGCCUCGAGAUUGCGGCGCGACGUCGCGCUGGGUACAGGCUUCUCUCUCGGCUCGCUCAGAUGGCCCUGGACGGCAACCUAUGAAUCGCAGGCAAUGGCGUCAUCCACUUCGAGGACGGACGCAGGGCCCUCAAGCUGGCUGAGCAGUGGAACGACGAGGAGCUGGAGGAGCUGCGCCGGGUCGCCAACAUUCGAAAGGCUCGAGCGACACCAAACAUACGUCAACUCAUAGACGCAAACACUCGAUACGGCCGACUGAGGCUCUCAGAUUCGCGCUUUCUUCCACCCAAACCUCUCCGCUACCAUACCGAUGUAGUGGACUCAACGCGCACAUACGCAGCUAUAGCAGAUUGAAUAGAAACUUUUUGCCUACGUCAUUGUCAUCUC